CUACAAAGUGAGGAGUUUUGUAUGGAGGUCAACGAGUGUCGAAUUUGGUCAACAAAAAAUGUAAUUGCUCAUUUGCGACGUGAGACUUAUUUGAUCGAAUUGAAGUUUAGCAAUGGUUAGUUUGUUACGAAUGCACUGAUAUAAGUGAACGAGCGUGGCAUUCCGGCAACUUUUGGGGAAAAAACUACUUUUAUCGGAGUUGCGCCGACUGAGGGGGUUGUGCAUGUUGAUCACACGCGUAUCUGCCCUCUUAUUGGCUAGAAUGUUCCAACUGAUUUCGCCUCCUCCCGCCUGCCUUCCAUCUUUGAGGACAUGUAUUUCCAUUGUUAGAGCGGUCACUCGACUGUCUUGUCAAUAUAAUAUAACACCUUUGGGGAUAUCAUGGGAGGUGUGAAGCAGGAGCAGAAUGAUGGACCACCACCAAGAGGCAUGCCGUCCUCUGAUGCAGCACACGAAGAGCAUAUCCGUUCUCUUUCAGUACAGCCUGUGAAGAAGAGGGGUUGGCCAAAGGGUAAGAAGAGAAAGAAGGUUUUGCCCAACGGUCCCAAGGCACCAGUGACUGGAUAUGUGCGCUUUCUGAAUGAACGACGAGAGCAGAUCCGUGCCAAGUACCCUGACCUGCCCUUUCCAGAAAUUACCAAGAGGUUGGGUGCAGAGUGGAGCUGCUUAGCACCUAAUGACAAACAGCGCUUCCUGGAUGAGGCGGAGCGAGAAAAGCUGCAGUAUGCCCGGGAGCUGAGAGAAUACCAACAGAGUGAGGCCUAUCAGAUCACCAGUGCCAAGAUCCAGGACAAGAAGGUCAAGAGAGAGGAGUCUCCAUCUGUCAUUAUCAAUGCCAACAGUUCUGGAUCAGCUGCUCUGAAGGGUUCAGACUACCUGUCCAACAGAUUUGAUGUUCCAAUAUUCACAGAGGAGUUCCUGGACCAGAACAAGGCCCGGGAAGCAGAGCUGCGGCGUCUACGCAAAGCCAACGUUGAGUUUGAGGAGCAGAAUGCCGUGCUGCAGAAGCACAUAGCAGACAUGUACAGCGCCAAAGAGAGACUGGAAGCUGAACUGGGGCAGGAUGAGCUCCGGACACAGGCCUUACACAGGCACCUGCUGGCCAUCAAACACACCCUCGUCAGCAGUCUGUCCACCGUGGCCCUGCCAGGCACAGGUGAGACCCCCUCUCUUGGUACCCUGGACUCUUACCUGAGUCGCCUGAGUGGUACUCUGGAGAGCAACCCUCAUGAGCACCGUGCCUUGCUGACUCAGCUUCGCGAUGUCCUUUCUCACCUGGACAGUGAGAAGCUAUGAUGGGACCUCCACACCCAUUCUGACUUGAUGUGGAUCCUGGAUGGUAUAACAACAGGUCAUAUCGGUGCCCUUCAGUGUAGUCAUGGGAUAGAUAGGAUGUCUUUCUGAUGUAACAGACAAAUUACAAACUGAUAAAACACAAGGCUCAGUCUAUAUAGCAUUACUCUGUGGUAUACAGAGUAAUAUAUAAAUUGAUUAAAUAAAGAAAAUUCCUCAGCAAUCCCCACACCCCCUAAUUGCAAGGUGAGUUCCUAGAAUUUUUUGCAAAUGUAUAAAAAAAAUUAAAAAGAUGACUUAUUUACAUAUGUAUUCAGACCCUUUGCUAUGAGACUUGAAAUUGAGCUCCGGUUUUUCCUGUUUCAAUUGAUCAUCCUUUUAAAUGUUUCUAAAACUUGGAAUGGAGUCCACCUGUGGUAAAUUCAAUUGAUUGCACAUGAUUUGGAAAGGCACACCUGUCUAUAUAAGGUCACUGACGGCUCUAGAGUUCCUCGUUGGAGAUGGGAGAAGCUUCCAGAAGGACAACCAUCUCUGCAGCACUCCACCAAUCAGGCCUUCAUGGUAGUGGCCAGACUCCUCAGUAAAAGGCACAUGACAGCCUGCUUAGAGUUUGCCUAAAGACAAUAUUGAACUCUUUGGCCUGAAUGCCAAGUGUCACAUCUGGAGGAAACCUGACACCAUCCCUAUGGUGAAGCAUGGUGUUGGCAGCAUCAUGCUGUGGGGAUGUUUUUCAGCGGCAGGGACUGGGAGACUAGUCAGGAUUGAGGGAAAGAUGAUCGGAGCAAAGUACAGAGAUCCUUGAUGAAAACCUGCUCCAGAGCGAGCACUCAGGACCUCAGACUGGGGUGAAGGUUCACCUUCCAACAGGACAACGGCCCUAAGCACACAGAGAAGACAAUGCAAGAGUGGCUUCAGGACAUGUUUCUGAAUGUCCUUGAGUGGCCCAGCCAGAGCUCGGACUUGAACCCGAUCCAACAUCUCUGGAGAGACCUGAAAAUAGCUGUGCAGCAACGCUCACCAUCCAACCUGACAGAGCUUGAGAGGAUCUGCUACGGAGAGGAAUGGGAGAAACUCCCCAAAUACUGGUUGGCCAAGCUUGUAGCAUCAUACCCAAUAAGACUUGAGGCUGUAAUCACUGCCAAAGGUGCUUCAACAAAGUACUGAGUAAAAGGUCUGAAUACCUAUGUAAAUGUGAUGUUUAUUUUUAAAUGAGCUAAAAUGUCUGAAAGCCUAUUUUUGCAUUGUCUUGAUGGGGUAUUUUGUGUAGAUUGAGGGGAGGGGGACAAUUUAAUACAUUUUAGAAUAAGGCUGUAACCUAACAAAAUGUGGAAAAGUCAAGGGGUCUGAAUAUUUUCUGAAGGCACUGUAUCUGCAUGUGUACGGUCUUGUUCAGCUUUGGAGGCAAAUGUCAGCCUUUCAGGCUUGUUGUGAACAGUCAUUAUGUCAACUGCUUACCUUGUUCCAUUUAUAGUUCCUAUGGUUUAUGGGGAAAAAAAUCAUGGGAAAAGCAGUUUACAUGCCCUUUUCCCAUAUGUCUUCACUUGAAAUAAGGAGAUUGAAGAAGUGUACUUGUGUCAAAUGAGAGACCAAAUGAACUGGAAAAGAUCAUAGCAACAUUUUCAGAAUAGUUUUUUGUAAUGCUAUUGACAUUAGGGGUGGGAAGUUUUGGAUUAAGGUUUUUUUUGUCAUUUUUUUUUUUUUUUAUGAAUUUGAAAUUGAAGUUUUGUCUCCUUUUGUAAUCAUUAUUUCAAUUUCCAAUAAAAGUAAAUGUGUGUAAUUUCCCGGA